UUUGGGGUAGAAUGUUUGUUCUAUUACAGUAAUUUUUAAGGACAAGAAUUAUGUGCACAAGUUUGUAUUUACUGACAGUAAAAUGCAGAUGUAAACAUUUCAAUGUCUCAGUACUUCUUACACAAGCCAUCUUUGGGUGUGACAACCGAACAUAACAUUAGUUGGAAACUACUUGGCCUACAAUCAAAAUGACUAAGAAGGAUUUCAGUUUUAAAUAAAGCAGAGUACCUUUUAAAUCGCUAAUCAGCAUGCAACUCUUUAAGAAGAGUAGAUUAUUAGACCUCAGCAGUUAGCAUAUCGACUUUUAAAAUGUCCUUUAUCAAAUCUCAGACAAACUGCACCAGCAAGAUUUUUUUUUUCGUAAUUCUUCUUUUAGAAUUGGUAAAGUUAAUCAAGAACACAUUUAUUCCAAAAAUGCUCUUGGUGUGUGUUUGGGAUUGCUCACCUGGUGGAACCCUCAACGGUGUUUAAAACCUUUGAUUGUAGUACUGAAGAAAAUGUCUUUUGUUUCAAAUUUAAGGAAAAUACCAGUUUCACUUGUAGCUAAAUAAACACUCAAUAUGAUUCUUCCACCACCUUGCUUAGCGGUUAGCACCCUACUGGGACCCCCUGGUAUUCGGAGGGGUUAGGAACCAUAUCUUGGGAAUAUUUGUGACCCCAAUUAAAAUGCUUACAACUGCCUGUUUUAAUAGUUCAAACACAAUGAAAUUUGGUUGGAAAGUCGUGUAAAUCAUCCCAUACAUCAAAACAAGUCUGAAUAAGUUAACGAGAUUGCAGAAAGGACUCGACCUCAGAGUCUUAUUAAAACAUUGUGAAAUAUGCUGAAAAUUGUGCAGGAAACCAAUAAAAGUGACCUUUUUUAGUAAUCAGUUUAAGUUCUAUUUAAAGUUUGAAUGUUUGCUGCUUUAGCUUCCUGAGCCAGUUUUACAAGAGAUACUGUUUGUUAUUAAGGCUCAGGAUGGGAUGGGCUGUGUAAAGGAAUGCCCUCAUCCUUUGUUGACACGUCUCCAUGGUUACUCCCUGCACACAGCGGUCCAUCUGAAACGGAUCCACUCGGCUUCAGUAGGCCUGGAGGAAACAGCUUCGCGGUGAUGGACCUCACAGGCGCUCCUCACUCGGUGAGCAGUCCAGACCGUGAGCCGCAGCCGGGCCCCAAACUGGUGAGAGAGACCCGCUUCAGCAGCUGGACCCCGCAGGGCAAUAAGCAGAGCAACCUGCAGCUGUUUGAGGAGCGUGUGAAGCUGCUGUUGCACUGGUUUGAUCUGUGGACGGACUCCCAGAGGAAGCGCCUCCUGCAGGCUCUGCUGGGUCGCUGCACCAAGGCGCAGCUUAAGCACUGCAGAAACCUGCUCAAUGACACGGUUCCUGUAACCCGGCUGGACUUCACGGCUGUGCUGCCUCGGUGUCUAUCCCUCUACAUCAUGUCCUUCCUGUCCCCCCGGGAGCUCUGCGGCGCCGCCCAGGUCAGUUGGCACUGGAGGGUCCUGGCAGAACAGGACUGUCUCUGGGCCGGCCGGUGUAUCAAGCGAGGUUGGUUCCUUCCCUACGCUCCAAGAGACAAGGAGUUUGGAGCCUGGAGGAACCACUACGUCUCGUGCAUCUCCACCCUGGACCGGCUAUCUCCUCAGGAAGCAGCCGAGAUAUAUGGGACCCUCUACCAGCCAUGCCUGGGGGUGAAGGAGGAGGAAGGGGAGAGGAGCAGAGAGAGGAGGAUUAGGCAGAAACUCAAAGAGGCCCUUAAGGAGGAAAAGAGACUGGCCUUGAUUAGCAGGAGACCAUGGGGUUCUAACCCAAAGUCUGACAGAUCCAGAGGUGAAAGGUCACAGACCGUCCUGUCCAGCUCAGAGUUGAUGGUUAGGUCUUGGCCUUCUCUCUCCUCGCCAAUGAAGAAAGCUGAGUCUCCAACUGCCAGUCUCAGUCCACACAGAGGACAACACCUGGAUGAAGUUAGCAGACAUUUUGCAUCUCAGCCAAAAGUCUCCUCAGUUCUGGCUUCUACUGAAACAGGGUUAGGAUUGUCAUCUACACCAACGUUGUCCAAGGCUAAGACGGUGCCGGCCUCUCUCCCCCACACAGACUCUGCUGCCAUCUUGCUGCUCAUCUCCAACAAAAUUCCUGCUUAUGAGGUGGUGCUCAGUGGUGUGAAGGCCAGAGUGGCCGUGGUUCUGUAUGACCAUAGAUGGACUCUCUCGGCUCUUUUCAACCAGACGCAGAGAGCUGCUUCGGGGCAGCAAGUGCAAAGGCUCGGCCUCUUGGUUCCAGGAGGGACAGAGGAGGUUCAUCUGGUCAAUGGCAGUGUUCUGUCUGAGAGGACGUUAUCAUCUCCAGAUCACCGGGAAUUCUGGGAAAAACUGUGUGCCUUGGUGGCACCUGGUCAGGAGGGAGGCGGGAUUGAUAUUUUCUGCCCGCUGGCUGCGUCUGUGUCGGGACUCGCUCUGAUGUGGAAUCUCUCCGAUCUGACUGGUCUGGAAGUUCGCGCUCCGUUGGGCUUUGCCACAGGAAGUUUCCAGAACAUCCUAAGCGAGUGGUCUGGUGGCGACCAGGACCCAGCAGCUCCAGCUCUAUGCUACGUGACUGACAGCGUGCUGUUGGGCUGGUGUAGACAGGCCCGUUGGAUGGAGGAGGUUCUGGUCCGGCUGAGGAAGUCCCUGGAGCUGCAGCUUCAACAGGCUAGUCUUCAAGCCAGAGGCAGAGCUCUGGGACUCUUCCUGUGGGAGAACAUUUCCCUCGAUACCCUUGGUGCGUGUGGGGAACUCAGUGAAGCUCUGACAGAGGGACUUACAGCUCUCAGCAGACAGAACGAAAGCCGACCGGUGGAGUUCCUGUCCAGCUUCCUGAUGAAGUGGAGCAAAGAGGACGGAGAGAGGAGCCAAGCAGCAGGUGGUUCAUCAUGUCCAGGCCCACCACCAGGGAUAGCACAGGCAACUUUCGAUUGGAGAUGUUCAGUUGGAAGAGAGCUGCUCCACAGCGAGCGCCUUUAUCUGGGAAGAAUGAGGGCUGUGCUGAAGGUGUACCAGGAGCCUCUCAUGGCGGCGCUGAAUUCCAACAGAGCGAUCCUCAGCUACGUCGACAUCCAGAUCAUCUUCGGCUCUGUUGCACUGAUACUGCACCAGAACGGUGUGUUUCAGGCUGAUUUACAGGCCAGGCUGCAGCACUGGGGAGCAGAGCAGUGUGUUGGAGAUGUGUUUGUAAAAUUCUGCUCCAAAUUGAACGUCUACACCAACUACCUUAAUAAUUACAUCACCACCAUCCACACCAUAGAUAAGUGCAGGGAGGCUAAACCUGCAUUCCGGGCUUUUCUGAAGAGAGCAGACAGAACUCUGCCAACAUACAUGCUGAGCCUGCAGGAGCUGCUGCUGUGUCCUGUGUGGCGAAUCCAGGAGUAUGUUACUCUGCUUCAAGCUCUGACCUCACAUACUCGACCCGGUCACCCGGACCACCCAGACCUCCGCUCCGCCCUCAACGCAAUGCUCCAGUUCAGAGACUUCAUCCAGGAGUUGGAGAGAAACUCUGAGGCAGACAGGAGGCUGGAGGAGACGCAGGAACUGAUCCGGGGCUGUCCGAGCCUCGCCGAAGGAAACCGUCAGCUGAUAAUAACCCAGGAUGCCAUGCUGCUCAGGAGUCCAGAUGAACAGAUUCCAGACUCACUGAGGGCCUUUGAGCACGUAUGCGAUGUGGGACUCUUCCUGUUUAGCGAUGCUUUAGUUUUGACCCGGAGAAGGCUGCAGCAUAUACCCUUCACCAUGACUCACCGGAGCGCACACACGUUCUGGGUCUCUGUGGCUCUCAGCAGUCUGGAUGUCAGAGAAGUCCUACACACGCGCUAUGUGCGCCACGCCUUCGUCCUGGACGGGCCGCGCUGUUCGUGGGUUUGUGCGACAGAACAGGAAGAGGAGAGGGACAACUUCCUGUCUGCGCUGCGUUCGGCUAUAAGCUCCUCCCUGACAGAACAUCAGUGAAUUUAAGGCGAAGAUAUCUGCAACGUAGCAUCCAACUCCCCCAAUAUGGGGCUCUUCUGUACACAUUUAAUGAAAAUGUUCCCAUUCCUUCCUAUAGAUGGAGACAAUUAUUCAAAUAAUAUGAAAUCACUUCUCUUGGAGGGUGUUUGGUUGGUUUUAUGUUUUAGCAAAAGAUGAUCAUUUUUAAUGAUAUUCACCAGCCCACACUGCCUACAUUGCUUCUCUGAACCGUAAUCAUGUUCUGCAAUCAUCACCAAGGUCACCUGACCUAACAAAUACCAUAUGACCAAAUAUGGUUUUUGGUACCUCUGGAAACACAAACACCAUAAAUAGUGUUAUUAAUCUCAGCCCAGAUUUAUUAUCAGACCGAUAUGUUAAAUGACAAACAUCGGCUGAUAUUGAUGUUUAUACAUCACUACUUUUUCCCCUCAACAUCAAAUGACUCCACAUUUUUUCCACAACAUUGUCUUACUCUAUAUUUUCCCUCAAUAAUGAUUU